AUGGGAGAAAAGGUCUUCAAAGAAUCACUGCUAGCAUUACACGGCAGUACCGCACUGGGCGCUGUGAAAGCUACUGUUAUUGGAAUGAACGAUAAUAUGAUAGAGAUGGAGUUCACACUAGUCCGCCCACUUGCACGAAGUGUAGUCAUUGCAACGAAAACGAGAUAUAUGUACUUGGCAUCAGAGUACGCAGCGAGGGAUUGGGAGGCUAUUGAUAUCAAGUGUCCGACGUUUGCUGUAGACAUUCCGAAGGGAAAAAUGUUGAUGAUUGGGGGAGUGGAUGUCCAUUCACGUUGUGUUCAGGAAUCACGGGACGGAGAGCUACGCGUCAUAGUGCCGGAAACGCAGUACUCACCCGUUGAAUCGCUAUACAACGAAUGGAUGGGAACGUAG